AUGAAUUCUUCAAUGCCGGAGCGAAGCGGCGAUUUCUUUUACAUAUCUCAUUUUCUUUCAUACUUUUUCAUUGCUUUCUUUCUUUUCCUUUCUUUCUUUCUUUUUUCUUUUUUUACAUGUAAUUUUCUUUCAUACUUUUCAUUUUUUCUUUCUUUCUUUCUGUCUUUCUAUCUUUCUUUCUUUCUUCUCUUUUCCUUUUUCGUUUACAUAUUUCAUUUUCUUUCACACUUUUUCAUUGCUUCCUUUCUUUCUUUCUUUCUUUCUUUCUUCUCUUUUUCUUUUUCUUUUAUAUCUCAUUUUCUUUUAUACCUCUUCAUUGAUUUCUUUCUUUCUUUCCGUCUUUAUAUCUUUCUUCCUUUCUUUCUUCUCUUUUCCCUUUUUCGUUUACAUUUUUCUUUCAUACUUUUUCAUUGCCUUCUUUCUUUCUUUUUCUUUCUUUCUUUCUUUCUUUUCUUUCAUACUUUUCAUUUAUUCUUUUUUUUCUUUCUUCUCUUUUCCUUUUUCCUUUAUAUCUCAUUUUCUUUUAUACCUCUUCAUUCAUUUCUUUCUGUCUUUCUUUCUUUCUUUCUUUCUUUCUUUCUUUCUUUCUUUCUUUUCUUUUCUUUUUUUUUUCUUUUUUCGUUUAUAUUUUUUCGUUUUUUCUUUUUCUUUUCAUCGCUUCCCUCCUUUCUUUUUCUUCUUUCUUUCUUUCUUUCUUUCUUUCUUUCUUUCCAAAGAUCAAAUAUUUUUGUAAGCUUUUUCGUCUUCCAUUUUUUUCUACGCAUUUUCAUUGACCCCACCGCUCUUUUUCUUUCUUUCUUUCUUUCUUUCUUUCUUUUUUCUUUCCAAAAAUCAAAUAUUUUUGUAAGCUUUCUCGUCUUUUAUUUUUUCUACGCAUUUUCAUUGACCCCCCACCACUCUUUUCCUUUCUUUCUUUCUUUCUUUCUUUCUUUCUUUCUUUCUUUCUUUCUUUUCUUUCUUUAA